CCGAGUUUAACAGACGAAAUAUUACACGUCCUGUAGUACGAAUUUUAGCUCUUUUGUGCUUCAGUGGUUUUACGGAAUAGCAUGGUCGGUUAAUGCGAGGGAAAUUUCCGUCAGUCAAUGAACAGCUCGGAAGGAAUCAUGACAGGAUGGCCCAAUCAGUCUUGGUUGAUCUUUGUGUGUUUUUCGUGUUGUUGUUGUUGUUGUUGGUCAGGUGUCAAUAGCCAGUCGUUUCCAUUUAAUCCUGCUCUAAAUCCGUUCCCCGAUUCUGCCACAGCUCCGCCGCUAACUAGAACAGAGUUGGCGAUCGCCUCAAGAUCGCCUUGGACUUCUCCACCCUCAAACGCCGUCAAACUCCAAGCAUUAGACCGGAGAGUCCGGUUCCGGAACUACUUCACCUAUGUGGUGUAUCGAUGGCCCAACAAUCGCAUCCCUUACUCCAUGGAUUACCGAUUCACGUCUGAGGAACGAGUGAUAAUCGCCCAAGCGUUCCAACACAUCGAGGAGAACUCGUGUGUCACAUUCUCGGCCAAAACGGGAUCAGACCAGGAUUUUGUUCACCUCUAUCUGGGCGAGCAUAUGGGUUGCUUCGCCGAUGACCACUACCAAGCGGGCAAAGGACAGCACAUAGUGCAUCUGAAUAGGCCCAUUUGCAUGUAUUCUCAAGUGAUCGCUCACGAACUGCUACAUCUUUUGGGCGUUGGUCAUGAACAUCAACGUCCCGAUCGAGACGACUUUGUUCGAGUGAAUUGGAAUAACAUCAUCCCAGAUAUGGCCUACAACUUUUUUAAAGACAUUUGGCAAGAAGAUAUUUCUCAUCCACCCGAAUUAUGCUUUGGGCGGGAAGCUACAACUCACAACGUUCAGCAUGCCCGCCGUGAUAAUUGUACCAAUGGACUCGUGCGAGCUAACUUGGGUGUUGGGUAUGAUUACCAAUCGAUCAUGCACUAUGAAACUCAUUUUUUCGCCAUCAAUGCGAGUGAGCCCACUUUGAUAUCAAAAAGUGCAGACCCAAUCAAAUUUUCUGCACCUUCAAUGACUGCCAAGGAUGUCCAAAAAUUGCAGAGAGCCUACAACUGUAACGGAACAUCUACUACGGGUUGUGGAGGCCAUUUGCACGGCGAUUCGGGAUCGAUCGAAGCAUCAGCCAAAUCAGAUUGUGAAUGGUUGAUUUCGGUAGAUGAUGGAUUCCUGGUGCAACUUGAAUUUCCCGACUCUAAAAUCGAAGACUGCAAUCGGUCUAAUCUGACUGUCAUCAACGCUAACAAAGAACUUGGGCCUCAUCUUGGCACGUUCUGCGGACAAAAGGUUCCCGAGGUAAUCUCGUCGUUGGGAAAUUCGCUCACCGUUGUGUAUCAUGGAUCCCAAAGCUCUUACUUUAAGGCCAAAUGGUCCAAAGCUAAAGCCAAGUGUUGCUCUCACGUGACUCUUAUUGCCGACGAUCCAACCUCUAUCCUGGCCACUCGCUAUCAAGCAUUUUUGGGAUCUUACAAUCUGAUUGAAGAAAACGUUAACGGUGCACCCCACUAUAUCCUUCAAGGGAAUCCCAACAUUUGGUUGGCCCGAUUCCUGCCCCUGGAUGCUUAUACUUUGGCAGCUUGGACAGUGGCACAUCGAUUGGUUGCUCCCCCUGGUGGGACUACCGAAGGGGAAUUUUACCUAGGGGGAAAUGUCCAAUGCCCUCAUCUUGCUUCAGUGGUCCUCUUCCGGAAUGCCACUGGUUUGAUUCAUGAGAAUUCAUUUCGAAUAUUAUGCCAAAAGCAAAUUCCAAUUGGUUCACUCCCCGGUUGGCCUUUUAUUGUGAAUCCAUUCUAUCCUGUAUUGAACCCAAUCAUUAGUUUGAUCAAAUAACUCUGUUUUCAAUUCCACUUAAGUAAUUUGGACGUUUAUUGAAGGACAAUAAAAAAUGCUUUAGUCAAUCAAUCUAUGGUUGGUCACUGGAAAAUGGUGCUCAAGAUGCUAA